CUACUCAAGUAAAUGGUUUAUCCAUUCCAAACAAAUUUGGUCAUAUCCCCAUUAGCUCCACAACAUUGAGAUGGAAAGAAAUCCAUUCAAACUUUAGAGGAUGAAACAAGGACAACCAACAUACACAACAUUGAAAGUGAAACCUAGAUAGAAAAUGAAGGAAAGAGCGAGAUAGAGGGGGCCAAGAUGUCCUUAGCAAGGACAACAAACAAGGUUAACCCCAAUGGGUUUGGCCACCCCACCGCAUAUCACAUAUGUCCCUCCCCCUUUGCCCAAUUGCCCCCACAUGCCCUUCCCUCUCUCUCUCUCAUCCCCCAUUUCUCUCUCCUUCCAUCUCCCAAAUCCCUCAAUUGUCCCCAUAAAUACCCUUCUCCUCUUCCCAAACCCACAAACCCCAAAAUCAAAAAGCCUUUCUCAAUCUCAAGUUCCCAACCCACAAGAAGAAGAAGAAGAAAAAGUUUGCAUCUUUCACAAAAAUGGCCAUCAGGAAAUCGAACAAGCUCCCGCAGACAGCCAUGAUCAAGCAAAUCCUCAAGAGAUGCUCCAGCCUGGGCAAGCGCAACGGCUACCUCGACGGCUGCGGCCUCCCGCUAGACGUGCCGAAGGGACACUUCGUGGUGUACGUCGGCGAGAACCGGAGUAGGUACAUUGUCCCCAUUUCGUUCCUCAGCCGGCCGGAGUUCCAGACUCUGCUCCACCAGGCGGCGGAAGAGUUUGGGUUCGACCACGAUAUGGGUCUGACCAUUCCUUGCGAAGAAGGCGUAUUUCAGUCCUUAACUUCCAUGCUCUCCGCCUAAGGGAGUGAUUCGGGGAUUCUUCUUUUUUUUAGGUACCUGGGGAGUAAUUUGGAGGGAAUUUGUUGAUGAAGAAGCGGCUUAACUUGCUUCUCAUUUUCUCCCAAGUCUCCAAAUUUUCAUCCUCCUACCUUUUUUUUUCUUCUUUCUUUCUUCUCAUUAACAGAUUUUAUCCGACUCGAACCGGACCGGGCCCGUUAUUUUGGUUGGGGGUUGCUGAUUUGUAAAUCUACGGAGCUGCUAGAGUUGGAGUUUGGUUCGGGUAUUGGGUUGGACCGUAAUUAAUUGACUGGGUUUUGGAUGUAUGGUUACGUUCCUUUGACUAAUGAUCAUGAUUAUAGACGAUCGUUAGCCCCAAAGUGAUGACUAAUGAUGAUUAUGGAUACGAGGUGUCUUGAUUUGGGGGUUUCGAUCCUCGUGCCUUUUGAUUACGUUUGUUUGUUUCUGUGGUUUUUUCACUUGAUUACAGGAUCUUGUCUUUUGGCUUUAGGUGUAAUUUAAGUCAAGGGCAGGGCAGCGAAUGGGGUGCUACAAUUUAUUUCGGUUAUGAGUUAAGGAAAUUGUUCUUAACCGACACCUACCGGCCGAAUGUUUUGUCAAGUGGGCUAUUUUAUUAAAAAGAUGGAGAAAUUCAAUUUUAGCUAGCGUAAAAAAUUAACCAACAUGAUUAUGGGAAUGGCCUGAAAAGGGUUGGUGGGCCUGUGGCUUACGGCUUAGAUUGAGUGUUUAACAAUGAUAUUUAAGGUUUGCGACCGUAGGAUUUUGAUUAAAUUACGUAUGGAUUUUGAUUAAUGAAGUAUUGAUUUUGAGUAAUUAAGAAUUUCAUGAUAUCUUGGUUCCAUAUUUGUCGUAAUAGUCCAAAUUUUCAAUUGGACCAAUGAAGAUAAUGUUUUUUUGACAGGGAGUUAAAAGUUAAAACUGAUUUGAGUAAAUAAGUAGCCAUGUGACUAGUAGCGUGGAACGGCUCUGGUUAGGUGAGUUUGGUUUGGUAGUUUGAAAACAAACGGCUUGAAUAUUGAUCCUUCCCCAGACUAGUUACCUGCCAACUGCUUUCAGUUACCCAGGCUAGGCUAGGCUUUGUCCUCAUCAAGCUGUUAAAAAGAUACCUUGGAGAUAAAAAAAAUUAAUAAUAAUAAAAUAAAAUAACUAUAAAAAGAAGAAAAGAGGGGUAAGGGUUGAACCGCAACCCAAUUAUGGUGCUGAUAUCGUGUAUGUAGGGUUGUUAAUAAGUCAAGUCGAGUUUUGCCUUGUUUAGAUUUGAUUAGUUACAGAUUAGCCAAACUAGCUCUAGCUUGGCUCAUGUGUAAACGAGCUGAGUCGAGUCAAACUCGAUCUGACUCAUUUACUAAUACCUACUUGACUCAUCAUUAAGAUCAGAAGUUCGGCUCGAACUCAACUCUAUGAUAAUUUAUAUAUUAAACCAUUAUAUAUUAAACCCUAAUAUUCCAAGAGCGAUGAUGACCAGAGCAGUGGCGGACCUAAGGCCUGCCAGGGUGUGUCGUCCGACACACCCUCGCUCGAGAAUUUUACGAAGGACCUACAUAUUUUUGGUACAAAAUUUUUUACUUCGGGAUAGCGACACACCCUCAAUAAUUAUAGCCGACACACCUUUAUUAUACUCGAAGAAAUUAUUAUCCAAAUGAAUCGAUCUUAAUCAU